CUCAAACUCCAAGAUCUCGACUUCUGGGACAGCCUUCAUGGCCAGGUCCCCGGGUUGCUCGACUGGGACAUGGGCAACGAAGUCUUUCUGGCCAGCACCACAUCGCACUUGUGGACGGCGGAGCAGAACCUGGCCAGGUACAGACUUCGGAUAGUGGAACCACCAAAGCCACCUCUGGCGAAAAAGCCCCAAACUGAUGCAGAUGGACCUGAAAUUGAGCCUAACCUGUGGAUGUGGGUCAACCCUAAUGUUGUGUAUCCUCCGGGAAAGCUGGAAGCACAAAGAGUGAACGAGAAAGAGGAUGUGGCAGACUCAAACCCUUGCACUGAGGAAUCCUGCAAUGAGGAAGAUGCCCACUGCCCGGAGGCCAUAGGGGUGGAUGCACUUUCGCCUUCCUCCACGGAGCAGUCUCCGUCACAGAAGCACUUUACCUCUUCAUCUCCUAGCAGCUGGGAGCUCACAGAAGAGGAGGAGGAGGAGGAGGCUGAGGACCAGGAUGACAGCUCCUCUGUGGCUCUCCCGUCCCCUCACAAAAGGGCCCCCCUCCAGAGUUGGAGGCUUCAGCAAGCCAACACCCAGGAGGGCAGGCGCUGGUCUCGGCCCCCUCUCAAUUACUUCCACCUAGUUGCCCUGGCCUUAAGAAACAGUGCCCCCCGAGGUCUCAACGUGCAGCAGAUCUACAAUUUUACUCGACAACACUUUCCGUUUUUCCGGACGGCUCCGGAAGGCUGGAAGAAUACGAUUCGCCACAAUCUCUGUUUCCGAGAAAACUUUGAGAAAGUGCCGGUCAGUAUGCAGGUCGGGGCCAGCUCCCGGCCCCGCUCCUGCCUCUGGAAGUUGACCGAGGAGGGACGCCGCCGCUUUGCGGAGGAGGCCCGCGCCUUGGCUUCCACCCAGCUGGAAAGUAUCCAGCAGUGCAUGAGCCAGCCAGAUAUGAUGCCCUUCCUGUUUGACCUUUGA